AGACAUUUCUCUCUUUAUAGAAGAUGUACAGUAAUCGCCGAGGAAAGACAUAUACUUCCCAACCCUGUUUCCGCUGUCAUUGAAAGGGAAAAAAAUGAGUUUAUUGAUAGAUCAUAUUUUAUGUUGGCAUGGAUUGGAAAGGGAUCCCUGACUGAAGACGGGAACUCAUCAAGGUCGCUUCUACGGAGUACUCUAAUUUUGCGCUAAGGCAUUCAAUCAGGACAACAAUGGAAGGGAUACCUCACAAGCCUCACUACAGAUGACGUUUUCCGCUCGUCGGACAUCGUUCUCCGAUUUCAGAACAAGCUACCAUGAAAAUUCAACUCCUUAAUUUUCAUACUCAAUAUGGAGUCUAAUGGGCAGCCCAUCAAGGAAGAGAAGCGCUCGCCAGGUUCCUCACGGGCCUCGUCCCGCUCCCCCUCACAUUCAAAGAGACUGAAGGAACCACGGGAACCCAGUGAGAAGGAGGUAAAAAUCUUAGAGGCAUGCAAAUGGAAAGAUUUGGAAGCUAUCAGAGAAUUAGCAACUUCGGAAGAUGGCCUUGUCUCGGACGAUGUCCGUCGUCAAGCAUGUAUGUUCAAAGCUUCCAAAGUACUCUCUGAACUCGACAUUGAUGAUUUAUAACAGGGCCCAUCCUUCUUGGUUGUGACGGUGAUCAUGGCGAUUCAAAGGGCAACGUAACGAGUUGGAAGGAACUGCCAAAGCAUGAAGACGAAGACCAGGUUGCUCUCGAUGUUAAUAGAUCUUUUAUCUACUACCCAAAUGGUAUGGUCAUGCCAGUACAAUGAAGUGGCAUAGCCUACACAAGCUAAUUAUUACCCAGAUCAAACCUCGAAAGAGAUUGACCAUAGGAAGGAAGAACUCUCCGAUCUCAUCAUCGAGGUCCUCCGUCGCAACCCUUAUCUCUGCUACUUUCAAGGUUACCACGACAUCUGCCAGGUACUCCUUCUUGUCCUUCCACCUGCUACUCGCACUCCAUCAGUGGCCAGGCUUUCCGCGCUUCGAAUCCGCGAUUUUAUGCUUCCAACGCUAUCCCCGGCUUUGGCACAACUCCGCCUAAUUCCAGCCAUCAUCAAUACUGUCUCUCCCGCUCUUUGCACUCACCUCUCCCAGACUCAGCCAUUCUUUGCCCUCUCGGGCACCCUCACAAUGUACGCACAUGAUAUACAAGAAUAUGGUGAAAUAGCCCGACUUUUCGAUGUUCUACUAGCACGAGAGGCUGUAUUUUCUGUCUAUAUGUUUGCACAAAUCGUUCUUUCACGCUCUAACGAGCUUUUCGAAACACCUACCGACGAACCGGAAAUGUUACAUUCUAUACUUUCGAAGUUACCCAAACCUCUCGAUCUCCAAUCUCUCAUUUCAAAUACUGUCAAAUUAUUCGAGGAGCACCCACCUGAAACCUUACCCUCCUGGAGAUCUAUAUCCUCGUCCAGCGUCCUCAAAACCGCUCGGUGGUCUGAUCAAGUCACAAAACAGAGCCUCCAAGACGGCCAGAGAUAUUUUACACAACAAGUGAAGGAAUUACAAUGGGCUGCAAAGCGCGAUGAAAUAUUUAAGACGGUAUGGAAAUAUAGACGGCCUGCGAAGGCAAUCGGCGUUGCGGUUCUGGUCGGAAUUUUCUCAUAUUAUUGUUUGCCUCGGUCGAAUCUACUAGAACGACGCUGGACGUCCAUAUUUGGGGUGCUCUGGGGACAUCUGCGCGGAGAUUCCAAUAAUUAUUGAAACAUUGGGUGGGAAGGCAUAUCGGUUGUGUAUAAAGGCUAUAAGGAUAUGGAGAACGGAGUAUAGACGGCAUAGUUGAUGGUCGCGAGGGGCAAGGCUUUUCUACAUUCUACAGCGUAAAUUUCUUGCAGCUCUAUG